GAUGUAAAACUGCACUUUUGCAAAAGUCCUCACGUAUUGAUGUUGUAUUUCAGAGCGGUAUAUGAUAAAUAAAAUUUGUCCACUUUGGAUUAUUAUUAGGUGCAGUUUACAGAAUCGCAGCCUCCUACAUACACUUCUGUGCCUGUCGCAUGACUGCAAACGGUUAUCUAUAGAAGCGCCACUUACGUAGGGUUAGAGUCAGCAUAUUGAGGGUUAGAGUCAGCAUAUUGACAACCCUCACCAGGCGCUAGGCGACCAUGGUACGGCGUUGCCGCAGAGUAGAAGAAGCAGACAACUAACAUUGUUUGCACUUUUCACAUAAAGGUUUAGAGCGAUGGUUGUGGGCAGUAGCAGAUGAUUUUCUUGCAAGAUAUAGAAUGCAUGCUUGCAACGUCGUUGUGAACGUUUUGCAGCUGUAUCACCAAAAAUACGCAGCUUAGGUUGACAAAGAGAGACUUUUAUGAUGGCAUCGUAGAACCAAGUAAGUAUUCCGACGAUUGUCAUUAAAGAUGUAAUAGCACAGGUAAUAUAGCUAAGAGUGUAUUACAAUCUCAUCUGGCUGUAUGUAUCCUUGAAAGUUUAAUUUGUGUGUCAAGUUAGUACUUCAAGCACGCAGCUUCUUCAACUUGCAGUGAAAGUUUACAAGUGCACAGUGAAAUAUAAGCAUGAAAUAUGAGCAAGGAUGGAGUUAACGUUUGCAAACGUCAUGCUGUCCAAGAAUGUGAAAUCCAGUAGUACUUUAGCUGCUACUGUGAUCCUAUAAUUUCUUUUUUUUUUGCUUGUGAUGUGUGAUUUUAAAGAACAGGAAAGGCAAUACAGUGAUGUUUAUUUUACAGAACAACAUAGCAUAUUGUUGCGUACCGAACUGCAAGUCGGACGGGAAAAAAAAGCUACCAGGGUAUCUUUUCAUGAGAUUCCUGCUGAGUAUGUUCUGCGGGAAGCAUGGUUCAAGGCAAUUGAUUCAGAUGAAUGGACCCCCAAAUACAGAUUCCAAUUAUUCAAGGGUGUGCAGCAAGUAUUUUAAAGGGGGGGGGGGGGGGUAGGGUAGGUAAGUAUAUCACUUCUGUUUAAGGGGGGACGUGGCAAUUGAAGAGGUCAAAUAGGUCAGAAUUUUUAUCAUUUCUUUUUUUUCACAAUCCUCGGGCCUUCAUUUACCUUGUGGUGAAAUAUAACAAAAUAUGCGAUAGACAUCGAGAAUACAGCACUUUCCUAGAGUGCAAUCAUAAAAAAUUGCGAAAAAAAAUGGAGAUUGAGCUUCAUUUUCUCAGCUAUCAUUUCUUGUACAGUUGCUUUCAGUCAUCCCGGUGCCAUUUCACAACGAAUGAUGACAACAGCAUUCCGUCUUUUGCACUAAGAUCUGAAACUUUGAUGAGCGCAACAAAGCUGUCCAUUUUUAUCUGCACCUUGAAAAAGAAUUCAUUUUCUUUUUUUUUUCUUGCAAAGGUCAUUAGUAAGACAAUAUGCAUAGGAAAGUUCAAAAAACAAUUUGGUGCUCCAUUUCGGCAUUUAAAAGAUAAUCCGCUUUAUUGCACAGAAUGGGCCUUUGUGAACAUGUUGAGGUGAAUAUCUUAGCGAACUUAUUUGUAAUUAAUUAAUUUGGGGAUCACCAUUAGAGGCUGACAAGUGUUGCAACUCGAAGACUAUAAUAGAUAGCACAAAACUGCACAAAUUUCAUCAAUUUAUUCAAGUAAAUAAAAAAGUUUUCAUUGCCACAUCUCCGCUUCUUCUAUCUUAAAAACUACUGAAUAAAGCAAAUGAAAAUUUUUAUGACGGAGGCGGAUGCAUUUUAGCUUAAGGUAUGGCACCACUUUUGAAAAGCUGCUUAAAAGAAGUUUUAUCUUUUGCGAUUUAGGGAAUCCCCAAACAUUCAAAAAUGUCCUGCAGAAAGAAGUAUGUUCUUAUUUUAUUUAGUUCAAAAGUUAUAGCCGACUUUGCCGAGCUGGUGAACGGUUACGAACCCAAAACUAAUGUGGUGUGGUAAUAGAAACUGAUAACUCAGCGAAAAUCAGCAGCGUAAUUGAAAUUUUUCUGCUACGUUUCAGUCUGAUAUGUGAAAUUUUAUUCGACAAUUUGUAAGGCUUCCUUUUUUUAAACAUUGCUUUAAACUUCCGUAAGGGGGAUGCAUGGCGCUAAAGUGUUUCUGUUGCUUACGCGCACUUUAUGCUACCGGGUUCGUCAUUUUUAUAGGCAUUAUUUUUAGUAGCAACAGUAAUAACAUAGGCUGAAUGUUUUUAUAAGAAGGCAUGGCCAAGUUCAGGGCAAAAAGGAGACAAACGAAAGUUUCUUGGCAAUCGGCACACGGUGAAUGCUCCGACCGAAGACCACGCAGACGUGAAUGUAAACUGGUCUGCCCGGAAUGCAAAAAGACGUCACUCAUAUUGGAAGAAUGCUCGCAGCACAGAAUAUCCUUUGCACAUGCUGUUUUACGUGGUGCGUGUGUAUACGUACAUUCAUUUCAAUCGUCAAAAAAGGCUGGAAGUGCUACUGAGAAUAACCUGCAUCUUGUCUAUGCAAUGCAUCAGCUGGACAAGGGAUAUUCUGGAGCGGUAAUGGUGAAAGUAAUGAACAUCCCACCGCUGCCUUGGCAUUCUGCCUACCAAAAGAUAUCUGCAAAGCUCUGUAAAGUUGCAGACUGUUGCGUCUAAGUCAAUGAAGAAUGCCACUGCUGAAGUGCGUUGUGAUGAACAAAGUACUGACUGUGGUGUGUCAGGUGAUGGCACAUGGCAAAGGGGUGGACAUUCAUUAAACGGCUGUGUGUCCUUGAUAUCCACUGAUACUGGGAAAGUUAUUGACGUAGAAGGCAUGUCAAGUAAAUGUAGGGCAUGUCAUUUGAAAAGCAAGUUGAAUCCCACAAGCGUUGAAUUCCUGGAAUGGAAGACAAAUCAUACCCAGUGCCAAGCGAACUACACCAGUAGUGCAGGUGGUAUGAAGGCAGUAGAGCUCUAUCGAUGUGGGGAGCACACUGUGGGGCCAGGCGGCCGGCAAUGCGGUAAUCGGUAAUACCAGCGGACCCCGAGGCAACCUUCUACGACUCGUGUGGGGUGCUCGUCGUGCACCCGGCGACGCAUGAGCGGUUGCUGGUACACAAUGCCAAAGUGGACAAUGUGGAGCAGUCGGCCCAGCAGCCUAACGCAACUCUGGCCGCGCAGCCCGCCUUCGCCCCGGAAUCGCUGCACUCGGUUGCGGCAGCCCUCGUCGCUGAUCCGAGCUUCACGACGGCCAUUGCGGCGGCAGUUGCGGCGUCGAACCCAACCAUGAAGGAGGUGAGCUCCUCAGCUGGAACACGCGGUCGACUCGGCUGUGGACGAGGAAGAUAUGGCUUCCGGCCCACAGACCGUGGACUUCAGCUUUCUGGACUGAGUGCAGUGAAUAAAGGUGACCGUUGGUCAUGCAAGUGUCGUGCUUUCUUAGGCUGGCUAUGGUCUUUACUUUAGGAGGGGGGAAUGUGGGGAUUGAGGUGCCUUCCCACACCUCGUCCCCCAGCUUGCGUGUGGCGCUUAGCUCUAUCUCCGGGAACCGCGGCCGCAACGGCAACAUGGCGGACAUGGCUAGUGCGCCGGACCUACUUUCCCGCGCAAGCCGUACUCCCCCCCCCCCCCCCCCCGGAUUGGACUUGCCCCACAAGAACACGUCACCAGGACACGCCCAGAUUGGCUUCCCAAGUGGCGGCCCCCGGGCACUCUCUCCACCCGAGCUCUCGUCCGCAGACCGCUUCCUCGCCGCGGCGCUGAUGCUCACAGGCUCGCAAUGAGGUGGUUACAUGAGACCUUUGUUCUCGAGACUCCUCGUUCUCGUGCUUGGCGGACCACUACCCGGUUAACCCUAGCGCAGCGGGCGCGCAUACUCGAUCGGUCUUGCGGUGAGCCUUGGCCCGUAAGCGCCGUGACUGUCGCACUGUGCUGUAUCUUGGGUGAAUAAACCCAAGUUUGUUGGCGAUCUGAAUCCGGAGCCUUCUCUGCACCGUGUCGACGAACCCUGCCAUAGCGCCUUUGUGCGUUGCAGAGUGGAGGAGCGUCAUGCCCUUUCCUGACCGUCGCUCGUAGGGCAAGCCUUGUGCAAACCCAUCUCCACAACAAGCACCCACCUUCUCCCGCGUACCCUCAUCAUAGCGUGCACAUGUUGCGGACUCAUCGGGAGCCGGCACACACGAGAGAGAGGCACUUUGCCGUCUCUCGGUUCUCGCUCGCGUCUUCCGAUGCGCGUACCCUCGCAGGAUAAGGGAAGGUAUCCGAUGGGCGAGGAGACCAUUCUCCUAGCAAAAGGUAAAAAGGCAUAAAAGAGCACCACUGGGGGAGACCGACUCUGGCGUCCCUACCUCGAACCUGCUGAAACGGAUUUGCCCGCUGCAACCCGUGAGUGACCUCGCUUGCGUGACUGCCACAUGCAACGAGGCAAGCCUAUUUAUUCCUUAUUACAGAGUGGACUUCCCUCUGCAAGUGUGCCUUAUUGCCCGAAAGCAAUAAAUGUUGAGUUGACUCGAGUGUUGCCUUAUUCGCCCGAACCCUACGUAGCUGCAAUUGCACACACUACGGGUUGGGGAAUACGACGGAACGACUGUGUGUGGCUAAAUCUGGAGCUUGCCUUCAGCCCAAGCCUCACGCAGAGCGUACCCCAACAUUGUAUGUUUGAGCGCACAGAAAGAAGUCCCCAGAGCGGAAAAGUACCUCAACAAACAAAUCUGACAUUCUAUCUAGAGAACGUUUUGUUCUUGAGGAAAUGGGCUUUCACCAACUCACCCUCUCGGACAAGCGGACCCCCGAGAUGCUAGCACUUAACGUCAUCGUAGACUCUACGUAUGUUAAGCUGAGUUGCACGAAUACGUACUUUUCGAAGUACGUAAUAAAAAGUGUAUUCAGCUACUACUGUAGCAUCUUUGCCUACGCCCGUCUGCUAAGACUCGCCCAGAAAAGCGGUGGUACGCUGACUGAGGCUGAGAUCGCUUUUGCAGAUUUCGUCGACGGGAGUUCCUCCUGCCCGAACCACUCAGCCACAUGCAUGAGAGGCACUUUGCCAUCCUCUCGGUUCUCGCUCACGUCUUCCGAUGCGCGUACCCUCGCAGGAUAAGGGAAGGUAUCCUCUCCGCUUUCGGAAAGACUUCUCUUUCCAGCGGAACGAACCUGAGGCUUAGGGUGGCUGGCCGCACCUACACAAAUGUGGACGGAAUCCCGGGCUACUUCGGUCGCAUUGGCGCGGACACCCAUUUCCCAUAUGGGGCGUACCCGUGCCUAGCAAUCUGUGCAAAGCGCAUCCUUGCAGAUGUCGCACAUACAAACACCGAUCCGGCGUUCUGGAAUCUUCCAGAAGCCAUAGCACCCACGCCAGUAGAAGGGGUUGACUUCGGUAACCCUAGCGAAAACAUGGUUGGCUAUGGGCCGGCGGUGACUCUUGGCAGAGGCCAGAAAACCUGGCUCGCAAAUUGUGGAAUACGUGCAGAUGCGUUCCCUUCCUGCAACGCUUCCAUUCCUCUAAACCCGCAACUGCUUGAAGCAGUUAGCUCAUGCCUUGAUGAAAGCAAGGCUUUCAAGUUCUCACCCGCAGCGAAGGGAGGGUUUGAAGGCAGUCAGGCGCAAACGACGUACAUUAGAGUAAAGAAGUCGUGGUUUAAAAAAUGUAGAUUUCUAUGGAGAUGGCGACUCCAACAACCACGCGGCUAUAAAGGACAUAUAUGGCACAAGUAGUGUGUGCAAAAUGGAGUGCAAUGGGCACAUACAGAAGCGUGUAGAAUGCCACCUACAAAAGUUUAAAAACAGCUGUUCGUGGACUUGGAGGCAAAGGAAAGUUAAAAGAUGUUUUAAUCAACCGGCUGCAAAACUAUUAUGGUACUGCCAUCAGAGUGAAUGUGGGAGACCUGCACACAAUGAAGCAAGCCAAUUCAACAGAUGACAUGGCAUGGUCUGUGCCCUCUUGGUACUGAGAGUUGGUGCAGGUUUAACCAAUGGAAUACACUCGGUGGUGGAUGCUACAAGCACAAGGGUGGCCUUUCGAAUCAGGUGCUCAACAAAGUGAGGCCAGUAUAUGUUGACCUUUGCACAGAGGAGCUCUUAAAGUGCCUGCACGGAAAAACCCAAAAUGCUAACGAGAGUUCCGAUAUGAUUUGGAAACAGGUUCCCAAAGACGUCCACAUGAGCCUGCCGAUCCUAUGUUUUGGUUUAUAUGAUGCUGUGUGCCACUUCAAUGAUGACGACAGAAGUACAGCAGAUAUUCUGAGGGAAGCAGGCAUCGAACUUAGCCACCACAAUCUCGUAGCAUGUUGCACCAGUGACCAGUACCAUGUUAAGGCCCAGUGUCAAUCAACGGGUGACUGGUAAAACAUCGCAACAAAAGACGGGUAGCAACAAAAGCCAAAAGAGAGCUCGUGCCAGCUAAGGAGGGCUCUAGCUAUGAACCUGGUGGAUUUUAACUUACUAGGGCGUGAUGAUCUUGUUUGUACAAGGAUUGAAAAACUUGUUUUUUUUUCGGAACUUCAUUUUUUUUAAACUUUCUUGUUGUGCAAACAGUUGUAACUUCAAAAUGAAUUAAUCUUUUUCACUGAAACUUUGCACGCCGAUUCCUUUAUUACUAGCCUUUUUUUUGUUAAUUACACAUUUUUUUGUUUUCUAUCGUAUUUUUACUAUAACUUGAUUCCCAAUAACUGGAUGGUAAAGAUCCAAGUUAGCUGCACAGUCUGGUUAGUUGGCUACCUCUGUGCCAAAAAGUUUACAAUGCCUGCACUCCAUUCGCUAGUUAUGAAUGUUCGUAUAAUAGCCAAGUUUGGGUUAUGUUUUGUCAAUAACAAAUGCCAUUAUAAUUUUUUUCACUCAUUUUUGCUUUUGAAUAUCAUAAAACGAUACUUCAUAAGGUCAAUGUGAAACGAAAUUUUAAUGGCCAGAAUUUUAAAAAAAUUUUAAUAAGGCGGUGUCCACGUUUUCUUGUGUCAAAAAAUUUUGAGGAAUUUUCACAAAUAAAUAUUAAAUUUUGGCUAGAGCUUUACGUUUCGAUGUACCUUUUCUCAGUAAUGAAUUAUAGGAUAACUGCAAACAUUGAUUGUUAUAUUCCAUAUAUGGCUGUCUUCAAACAGAACUGUCAUUUUUAGCACACAGCACAUUGAAAAAAUAACAGACGGAUCGUUAUGUUAAUAGAACGAAAUUCUGAUGUCACUGCGCCAUGAAUGUUAAAACUGCCACAUGGAGAACUUCCACCUAUUGUUAAAAAACCCGUGCUACGACGUACGUCAUUGUUGCUUCUCUUUUUGCUGCCAGUAUUUUGCUCCAUGUACUAAUUGCAUUGAAACUUUCUCUUCCUCGUCUACUUUGCGUUACUUCUUGCCAUGUUGUGGCACACACAACAUACUAAAAUAAUCCACAAAACAUGCAACACGUGGACAAAAUUGUGCAAAACACCAAAGCAGCAGCAGCAAUCAUGCAGUACAGUAUAGUAAUGCCUCCUAACGGCAAAAUUUGCAGUGUCAAGUGACAAACUAAUGAUAAAUUGGCUAGUUUUCUUAACAAGAAGAAUUAUGCGGUAAAACGCAAAAAUCCUGCAACCAAAGCAAACAACAUAGCAUGUAAACACGGCGCGUGCCUGCCAUAUUUAAUUCCCGGUGGGGGGGGGGGGGGAGGGGGAGGGGGGGUGACGUUUGGCCAACACCCUCUAGAAAAAUAUGAAGGCCUUAGUUCUUUUCCCUUUCCACUCGCGCUACGUCAGCAGAUGGGGCGGACGCAUGAGGCGGCGAGCACGUUUUGCGGUUUUGCCCGUCGCCGCGACAAGACGCAUCCGCGCGUCCGGAUCGCGCUGGUGCGCGUUGAUCGCGUGUCUCCAGAAACUCAUUCCCCGGCGCGUAUGUACAGUCGUACAUCUCUUCGCUGUUCAGUCGGACGUGUUUUCCUCGCUGUGAAAAGAAUCCCGCCGCGAUGCCGUGCAAAUGCUGUGUACCUCGAUGCCGCGGAAACUACACGGGGGACACGAAGGUGCACGUCUUCAAGUUCCCGAGAGAUCAAGCUCUAAGGGACGCUUGGAUUCGCGCUGUGCCACGGGAAAACCUCACGGUCACCGAACAUUCCAGGGCAAGUUUUUUUAUUUAGGUGUUAGUUAAUUGAAAGAAUAUAAACGUACAUGUGUAAGUGGCUCAUGAGCCGCAUGUUUGUGUGACCUGUAGCCGUCGGUUUGCUGAUUGGAGCGUAUUUUUUUUUUCUAGGUAUGUGAACUUCAUUUCGUGGACGAGGACAUUAUUCGAGACGCGACGCAUACAGAUCAAGCAACUGGCCGCGUAAUGACAGUGCCGCUAUCUCAUGUGCGCCUUCGCCCAGACGCUGUACCGUCGAAGUUCCCGAAUCAUUCGAGCUACUUGUCCAGAAAGACCGCGAGGAGGGAAGAUCCUGACUCCAAGCGCGCGCGAAUAGAGAAUGCAGCCCUUCAGAAAGCCAUCUCUGAAUCCAACGAGGCAUUUAUCAGAGCACGCGAGGAGGAUAAAGUCAACAGUGUGAGCGAACUUGCCAACCACUUAAGGAGCCAAGGGAUGAAGUUCUGGGAUGUUAUCGAAAGAAAUGAAAGGCUUCUUCUCAUUCACAUUGUCGACGAUGAAGCACCGUGGUUGAAAUACUCUGUUUGCGUGAAAGGAGAUUUGAGCGUGACACUACACGUUAUGAAAACGGCCGUAAAAAAGCUCGGUGCAAAUCUCUGCGUUCCCGAAAUCGCUAACAGUAAAAGGGGUAUGGUGGAACUCCUGGAAGGCACCGAGAAGUGGGACUGUGACCUGAUGUCCAACUCAGUCGCCGAAAUUUGCGAGGCUGUUUGUUUACUGCUUGAUCAGCUUUGCACGUCCCAAGCAGAAGAUGACGCCAACUGUAUUCAAUUUCUGAAAGAGCAAGUCACCUUGCACCUAUCGAAAAAACAGCGCAGGCGCUACUCUGCUGAUGUCAUGAUGUUUUGCUGUAUUGUUUUCACUAUAUCGCCCCAUGCAUACGCGUUCAUACGUAGCCAUGGAAGCAUCACCUUGCCGCAUCCUAUGACGAUAAGAUCAGUGUGCUCGUCUUAUGGUAUGAGUCCUCAACAAGAGCAUCAGAGUGAAACAUUCCUCAGCUACAUGACAACAAGAAUUUCUGACCUGGAAGAUGACCAGCGCUUUGUCACAGUUAUGGUUGAUGAAAUACAUAUAAAACCUUACUUUGACUACAAAGGAGGCAAUAUUACCGGCGCUGCAAUUAAUAGAAAUGAAGCUGCUAACUGUGCGCUCGUUUUCAUGGUGCGCAGCGUGACGUGUAAAUUCAAAGAAGUUGCGCACAUCGUGCCGGUGCACCGAGUAGAGGCGGAGUUCCUGCAAAAGACGCUUAAAGACGUGAUUUGUGGGCUGGAAAAGAUUGGGUACCGGGUUAUGUGCAUCGUCAGCGACAACAACUCUGUGAACAGAAAAGCGAUGUCACUUUUCGAAUCACCUCCGUGUAACAGAAUUGUGUACCAACAUCCAUCAGACCCUUCAAGGCCGCUGUUCUUCGUUAUAGACCCAGUGCACAUUCUAAAAUGCAUACGAAAUAACUGGAUCAAUCAGAAGAAUGACCAAAUUUGUUUCUACUUCCCGGAUAUCCAAGGAGACGCACCAGAAUCAGAGCGAAUGCAAACAGCGUCAUUUGCAGGACCCCUCAUGUAAUGUCCCUAACGGGACCCUUGAGGUAUAAUAAAAUAAAUAAAAAUAAAAUAAACAAUCAGGGACCUUCACAGCAAAGAGUGUGACCAGCUGUUGAAAUAUGGCUAUGGGCUGUCAAGAAAAGCCCUCUACCCUUCGAGUCUUGAAAGGCAGGACGUAAAGCUUGCUUUACAAAUCUUCAAUGACUAUUUACCAGAGGCGUUACGUGCUCUUGGAGCAAAGCACAACCUAUUCUCUUUCGAGGCCACGGCUACAUUCGUCGAGAUCAUACUCAAGUGGUGGAAAAUUGUAAACGUCAAAACUCCAUGGAAGGGAGAAAGGCUUAGAGAUCACUUCCAACAACCAGUGCUUUCCAUUGAUAACGAUCCAAAAAUUGACUUCUUGCACAUGUUUCUGAAGUGGCUGGAUGAGUGGAAGAACAAAGGUUUUGACAACGGUACUCUGACAAAGGAGACUCACGCUGCUCUCGAACACACCACCUAUGCGCUUGUUGAGCUCGCUAGGUACAGCUUCGAAGAGCUUGGAAUGUCAUAUGUCCUUUUUGGGAAGAUUCAGACAGACUGCCUUGAAGAUCGGUUUGGAAAGUAUAGGCAGCUGGCAGGUGCGCAAUAUCACAUCUCCAUCAGGCAGAUAUAUGAAGUCGAAAACAAGCUGCGCCUGCAGAGCACCUUGCCUACAGUUUCCCCUGACCAGCACUGGGAAUGUGUCCGAAAGCAAGUCGAGGCAUUGCUUCCCAGCAGCAACGUUGUUGUUACCAGCCAGGCUCUUACGAAGAUGCAGGACGUCGUCCCAGUCCUCGUCUACGUUGCAGGUUAUGCAGUAUACGGGACCCUUAAAAAGUUGAAGUGCGAGCAAUGCAGGGACUCGUUGACCGUGGACAAGAAGAUCACAGUCUCUGCCACAAACGAACAUUAUGGUCUUGUGAAGCAGCUGGACCGAGCAGGUUUAGUUUAUCCAUCAAUGUUUGCACUUAACGCAGUUGCUCAUAGCUACGUUGUAGUAGAGCAGCUCGCUACAGAGCCAGCACUGCUUAUGAUGCCUGAACAACGCCAGGUGGUAACGAAAAUGACGCUACAAUUGCUGGCUAGUGAAGAGCAGUCCGACUUCGAUACGUGUGAGAAUGGCCACACAGUUGAAUUAGUGCUUAAACACAUCCUGCGGUGCAGCACCAACAUUCUGCUAAAGAACUUUUGUAGGAAGCUGAACGACAAACUUCUCGACGCUGCCGAUAAAUCAAAAAAAAGGAAAGCCACAACUCUCGAGGCCAAAUAACUGCAUGCAUUGCUUCUAAUAUAAAGCCAGCACGAAAAGAAACUGGGCUUCGUAAAUAAAUGUUUUGCUGCUACAGUUUUCUGGCGUUCUAUUGUUUUUUAAAUACAUGCAUGCUUGUUCUUGCAGAAAAAAAAUGUUUCCGCGCAAUGCACCUGCGAGACAACCUCUCUUGAACAGCGUUCCAUAUCUUUUUUUUUCAAUCCGCCCCAUCGUGUGACGUCACGCGAAGAGAGCUAAGGCCUUCAUAUUUUUCUAGAGGGUGUUGGUUUGGCGCGACGUUUAAAUGGCUUGGAGCGCUCGUUCACAGCUUGUACAAUUUUUUGGUGCUAGAACCUAAAAGUGCAUUUAUUGGUUGGUUUACCCUACCCCCCCCCCCCUUAUGAAGGUUUUAUGAGUGGCAAAAGGCGUUGCCUCAAGUGGGGCGUAGUGUGAAUGCUCUUUCCGAACACAUGCGUCGGGAAGUGCAGCGCCCAUUUAUGGAUGUAACUGAUGCCCCCACCUACGCACACUCGCUGUUCAGACAGGCAAUGUACGGAAAAGCGGGGAACGUGACUGAUUCAACACCUGUGCAGCAGAGGUUGAAAGAGGCUACACUGAAGAAGAACCACAUGAGCAGGAAUCUUCUACUGUCAUGCAAGGGCAACAAUGCGCACUAUCAGGUACUUUUGAUAAGCUUCCCAACCGUGACCGUGACGCACCUCCAGCAAAAUGUAACAAGGAAAGCGAGAAGUAAAAUAUGUAUUUACACAACAGGCCAUAUGGCGAAAUCCACACAGGAGCAGAGGCGCGCCUUCGUCUACCUUUUGCUACGUCCUCGUGCGAGCAGUUAGAUAACGGUCCCAUGACAAUAUGGUGGCGCACCAAGAAACGCCGGCGCACGAGGGGGGGGUUCUAGUCUUUUGGCAACUGAGAGAGCAAAAAUGAUGAGAAAAGAAUGAGAACUGAAGAAAAGAAUUGACAGGCUUGAGAAAAAUGUCGACAGUUACCCCCCAAAGCAGAAUUAAAAACGUCAAAGAAGACUCCAACUUUGCCGAUACAUGUUACAUACGGUAGCAAGCCAGGCAGAAAGACAUUGGCUGUGUUCCUUUGGAAUCAGAUCACCAACUUCAGGUGUAAAAGCCCGCGUGGUCGGAAGAUGUUACGCAUCACGACAUCAUAUUAAGGAACUGAAGAAAAGAAUUGACAGGCUUGAGAAAAAUGUCGACAGUUACCCCCCAAAGCAGAAUUAAAAACGUCAAAGCAGACUCCAACUUUGCCGAUACAUGUUACAUACGGUAGCAAGCCAGGCAGAAAGACAUUGGCUGUGUUCCUUUGGGAUCAGAUCACCAACUUCAGGUGUAAAAGCCCGCGUGGUCGGAAGAUGUUACGCAUCACGACAUCAUAUUAAGGCACCUAUCCCCCCAAGGCUUACAAACAAGCCAUGAAAGAAAGGCUCCUGAAGCUACCUGGAAAGACUACCCUUCAAGAAUUCAUUCAGUGCACGAGUGGAGAAUCAGGUUUUAACCCGUACAUAAAGUUACAAUUAAAAGCAGAAAGCGAAAAACUGCCGUCACCUCAAUCAAGGCAUUGCUCCUUUAUCAUGGACGAAAUGUGCAUAAAACGAAAGCUACAAUACAACAGCAUGAUUGUUUUGUUGGCUACGUGGCCGUAGGCAAGAUGACCCAGAGAAUGAGCCCUUGCUGGCAAAUUCAUUAUGUUUUGUUACAAACCACCUGUCAACGUCGUAGAGAAUCCCAGUAUCCUACUUCUUAACUAAAGGUCUCACUGGCUCUCAAAUGUAGCAGCUGGUGCAAGCAGUUAUCAAGAAUGUCGAGGAGUCAGGCUUCAAAGUAGACUCGUGGCUAACAACCAUGAAGUCAAUGUGAAUGCCAUGAAUGAGUUGUGCGGCGGCUUUCUGACAUACAAAACUGAGCACCUGGUUGAUGCCGCAGGAUUAUUUUCCUGAGCUUCGACUGCUGCCAUAUACUAAAAAAACAUUAGGUCUCAAUUUUUGGACAGGGAGAUUGGCAUAGACCACAGAUCUCCAAUAGGGGC